UAAAAAUUUCCAAAAAAUGGAUCACCAAAUGGUUAAAUGUUUUCAAUUCAAAACUGAUUCUUCGAUGAUUAGACUGUCUGAUUCUAGUGAUCAAAAUGAUGAUACGAUAAUUGAAAUAAAAAUUUUACAAAAUUCAGAUAAUCGAUAUUCAUCGAUAACAUGGCCAAGUGCUGAUCUGUUAUGUCGAUUCAUGUUGGCUAAUCGUACGGUUUUUAUGGAGAAAACCGUUUUAGAACUUGGUUCUGGUACCGGAAUCUGUGGCAUUAUGGCAGCAAAAAUUGGCGCCAAAGUUAUUCUUAGUGAUCAAAAUGUUUUUGCAUCGGAAUUGAUCCUAAAAAAUGUUGAACUGAACAAUGUCAAUGCACAAUUCAUUCCAUUAGAUUGGGGUCGAAAAUCUGAUUUGUUGAAUGAUCGAAUUCCUACCGAUAUUGAUUAUAUAAUUGGAUCUGAUCUUUGUUACGAAGAUGAACAACAAUUUGAAAAAUUAUUAUUGACCAUAGCAUUUUUAUUGAGAAACAAUCGACAACAAUCGAUACCAUUUUAUAUGUCAUAUCAUUUUCGUAGCUCUAAUUAUCAAAUCGAAUGUUUACUUAGAAAAUUUAAACUUCAAAGUAAAUUAUUGUUUUAUAGUGAUAAUUUAAAAAUUUAUUUAUAUGAAAUCACAUUGAUAUGA